AUGGAUGUCGUCGCGCUGGAAGACACAUUGGAUUUAAGUGACAACAUUAGAGAUGCUGUACAAUAUCUGACCAAUAGCUGUAGUUUGAACAGUCUGAUCGUACAUACUUUGUUUCCGUCUAAUAGGAUAAUGGAUAGCCGGCCGCUCGGUUCGGGAUCGUCGUCGUCAUGUUCGUCGUCUAUUGAAAAUGACUGGAAAUCUUCCCUGCUUGUUGCGGCUGGGUCAGGUGUUAAGGACAAUGGCAGUCCCCCAUCAAGCAGCAGAGGGAUGCUAAGGGCGGUUGUUGGUGACGGAGAUAGUAGGGCUAAGCAUUGUUCCAAUAAUGUUUCGAAUGUUACUACAGUACUUCAGAUCCUGCGAGAGAAUGUCUCCGGCUUCAUGCAAAAAGUUAUAGAUCGAUGUAAAAAAGCCAACGACCCCCAAGCCAACGAGCUGCUAAUUGCCUGGAUAGGAAGGUCUACCUGGAGAGUUAACGACGACCCUAUUCUUGCGGGGCAAACAUUCCCAGCCAUAUGCAAUACUCAUAAAGACGCAGAAAUGCUCUCGGCCAAAAUGCUCGUGGCCCAUUGCCGCAAAACAGGCAUGAGCGAAGUCGCGGGCAAAAUACUGGAGUGGCUGCGAACCACCGGUAGCCAAGAUCGAAGCGAUGAGGAGCCAGUAAUCACCGUCCUAGACCCUCAGCGAAUGGCCGUCUGCCUGGUUGUAGAACUAAUAAAUGCGCUUGGCUGGGACCCGAAAUACAAAAAACUAAUUCACCUGACCGACAAGGAACUCGUCAAACCAAUUCUCUCGAUACUAAAUGAAAACGACGCGGCCGCCGCACACGUGUGUGCGCAAUUAAAUUUGCUUCCUAGAUUUACUGCAAAACUCAUACUAAAGCAAAAAUCGGCCCGAAAAGAUGACGCUCCGACGGUGCUUAUCGAUGAAGGCAUCGAUACUGUGUUGGACCUCAUUAUACCUGCGUCAGCGUCCCUUACGACUUUGUGUACCUCCAUCUUGAAUACGUGCUCCAGCCAAUGGUGGGAAUCGCAUGAUAACCUCUUGACGCUGGCGGAUUUGGUGAGUACCAGACGUCCUACAGUUCCAUUUGUACCGUUGUUGAAAGCCGUACUCCUGGAGGAUUUUGACCAAUUGGAUAUCGCAAUUGAGGAGGCGUUCUUCCUCUACGCCUUGUCGGAAGUGAUGGGAGUGAGUUUUGAGCCGAGGAGGCGGGCCGCCAUGACGCCAAUCGAGAUGGCCAGUGAAAUGACUGGUGUUACGAGCGCUGCGUGGUCACGCCAGCUUCUGAAUUGGGUUUGGUCGAAAGGCAUACAGACAUUGGGCAUAUGUACGCCGACUACAGCCCGAUUGAAGUGUCUGGUGGUGCAGACGGCGACUGCGAUGCAGGAGGUUUCUUUGUUGGCAGCUGCCGUGAACUCGAGUUCUUUACCUCCUCGAGUUUUGUGGAAAGCUUUGCUGCAGGCUGCUCGCAACUCCUUCGAUAGUGCGCCGCCCAGUCUGGGCCGAUACGUCUCGCCAGAGCUGUUGACCGAAGGCGGUGCACGCGUAGCUCACGCCAUGACCGUGUUCGACUUUUGGUGGAACGGGUUGUUCCAAGAGCCCGGCCGCUGGAGCUUACUUGCACGGAACCGAAUGUUGCUGGCAGAGUACGGCGUUCUCCACAUCAACUCAUGCACCCAGUCGACGGUGCGCCCCUGGGACGACAGUGUCAUACGGCUAUUGGAUGACGCCCUGCUGCCUGGGACCCUCUUCCCAGCCGCCGCGCCCGAAACGACGGAAAAGACGGCUGUGCCGGGAAGUGAUGCGUUCGCCCCUAGUUGUGCUGACUUCCGGUUCGGCGUGCUCUUCUUUUGCGUGACGCAGAGGCCCGCCCUGGCUCUGCAGUUGGUGGGGGCCGCACCGUGUCCAGCGCCGCGGUUGCUGUACACGCUUUGGAAUGAGCACGAGGGUGGCGCGCUGCACUGGGGCGACGCAUGGGGCGGUUUCUUGGACGUGUUGUUGACCACGUAUUGCAACACGAGCGAGGUUAGUUUGCAUAUCAUUUCGGUGUGUUCGUUGCUCUCCAUGUUGCCGAGCUGGCAUGCGCUGCUGUUACUGUCGUCUGCGCUGGUGACUCAGAUGGUAGACGUGAAGCAGCUCCCGCUGUCUUGGGACCUGCCGGUCGUGCGCCCCAGUCCGGCUUACGUCUGCGUGGCCGGCACGUGCGGCCGUGACAUGCCGCACGUCCUGGCGCCGCUGCUGCGCGAGUUCUUGGAACCCGGCAAACUGCUCUCGGUGCAUGCGGCCAAGGAAAUAAUGAAGGUCAUGGCCGGCCGACCAGAGACGGUGGCACCACGAUUGACACUGGAGGCCUCGCUCAAGUCGGUUUACGAGUCGGGCAAGAAGCUGCACCUCUUGGGCAAGGCGCUCUGGGAGUCGGUGCGGCUGCUCGUGCUUGACCAGUCGCAGGUCUCUCGAGAACUCGAGGAGCAGUGCCGUCAAGAGCUUAGCAAAUGCCUGGAGAAGACCGCCGGGACCACCACGCAUCACGUCUCCCUCUCCAGCACCAUCUGCGACAUCUGCGGAGACCUCCUCACUCACCACGAACCGGUGGCCAACCUCCUACCACUCGAGACGGCGGCGCUCAAAGGCAAAGUCUGCGCCCUUGACUGCCGCCACAGGUACCACGCACUAUGCCUCCGCUCGCUCGCCAUAUGUCUCGCUAACCAAGACG